AUGCCUUACACCAACAACCACAGCGCAAGCAAUGCCAUCGCCAUCAUCGGCAUGGCAGCGCGCCUCCCGCAGGAAGCGGACACGAAUGAGAAUCUCUGGAAGUUCCUUCUGCAGGCGAGGAACGCAAUGACGCCUUUUCCCAGUGAGCGGGUCAAUCAUCAGAGUCAUUAUCAUCCUGAUUCGGAGAAUUGGGGGGACUAUAUUUAUUACCCCUCGCGAGUAGACUUUUCUUCCCCUACUCUUCUUUUCAUUCUCUCGUUAACUAAGCUAUGGCUAUUGCAAGGCGGCCACUUCAUCGCUGGCGACCCGGCCUCCUUCGACUCGCAAUUCUUUGGCAUCACCAAAACCGAAGUCAUGACCAUGGACCCCCAGCAGAGGAUCCUAAUGGAAAAUGUCAAGGCAAUGUCUUCCAUGACCUCCGUCUUCGUCAGCGGCUUCAACCACGACUUCCUGCAGCUGCUGAACAACGACCCGGAGGUGUCGGCCAAAUACAAGCCGACGGGCAUGUCGAACUCCAUCCUCGCGAACCGCAUCAGCUGGUUCUAUGAUUUCAAGGCGCCCUCCCUCACCGUCGACACGGCUUGUUCCAGCAGCAUGGUGGCCUUUCACCUAGGCUGUCAGAGUCUAACCGCUGGCGAGAGUGAGAUGGCUGUCGUCAGUGGAGUGAAUGUGCUGCUGUGGCCGAAUGACUUUGUCGCCAUGUCCCAUCAUGGUUUCCUGUCGCCGGACGGGUUAUGUUACAGUUUCGACCAUAGGGCCAAUGGAUACUCCCGUGGAGAAGGGGUAGGGACGGUUAUUCUGAAAAGGCUUUCAGAUGCCCUUCGCGAUGGAGAUACGAUUAGAGCAGUGGUCCGUGGAUCUGGUGUAAACCAGGAUGGACGUACUCCUGGUAUCUCUCUGCCGAACGGCACGGCACAGACUGCGCUCAUCCGUGAUGUUUAUGCGAGAGCUGGACUCAACCCGGAAGAUACGCUUUUCAUCGAAGCUCACGGCACAGGGACCGCAGCUGGUGAUCCCAUCGAAGCACGCGCCAUUGCUCAAGCAUUCAAUACUAGCUCUAGCACUAGGAAAGCUCCCCUCUAUAUUGGCGCCAUGAAGUCAGGCAUAGGCCAUCUUGAAGGUGCCUCAGGAGUUGCCAGUCUCAUCAAGUCUGUCAUGAUCCUCGAAUCGGAUGUUAUACCUCCAAACACCAACUUUGAACGAGUUAACCCUAAAAUUCCUGGCCAGCAGCAGGGCAAAGAAGGAUCUCUAUCAACUCCAUGGUCUCACCGGCUGGAGGGCAUUCACAGAACUGUACCAACUGUACCGUCUGAGGAGGACAUCCAGCGCAUGUGUGCUCGCCUCGACUUGGCAGGAUAUGAGCUUAUAAAUGGUGCAGUCAGUGAUAGACAUGAAGUCAAGUCGAAGAAGUCCCUGGAUAAUGGCCAUCAGUUUGGCAGUGAAGAAAAUGGCAACACGAAUGGCAAUGGUCAUGUUAGCACCAACGCAACUCUGCUUUUCCUAUUCUCUGCGUUUGACGAGAACGGCGUACAGAGAAACGCAAAACCAUACGCACAGCACUUGAAGUCGUUGCCGCCAAUGACUGAGGGCGAGGAAAUUCCAAUAUCUCGCCGAUUUAGCUCACACGCUUUCCAGCAGGCGCACCGACUUUGCGUGGAGGAGCUUCUAAAGAGUCUCGAGGCUGCAGAUGAAUAUAUGAGGAGCUUAGGCAGCUCGUGGUCUUUGAUCGAUGAACUCCAUCGAGAUAAAACAAACACAAGGAUCAACCAACCUGCCGUUGCACAUGUGGCAUGUGCUGCUCUGCAAAUCGCUGUUGUCGAUCUUCUGGCAAGCUGGAACAUCCUACCGAGUCGAGUUGUAGGUCACUCUUCCGGAGAGAUUGCUGCUGCUUACUGUGCUCGGAAACUCGGUCGCAAGGCAGCCUGGAAAGUGGCUUACUUUCGCGGCAUUGUAUCUUCUAUCAAGCAUCCAACUAAAGGUGUUAUGAUGGCGGUUGGCCUCUCGGAAAGUGAUCUCGCGCCUUACUUGCAGAAAGUUGAUAGCAGUCUUGCGGGAGAGCUCAUCAUCUCUUGUUACAACAGUCCAUCAAACAAUACAGUCUCCGGGGACGAAGCAAAGGUGGACGCUCUAAAAGCAUUACUCGAUGCAGACUCCGUGUUUGCACACAAGUUGACUGUCUCAAAUGCUUACCAUUCAAGUCACAUGAAAGCAGUGGCCGACGAAUACUGCAGACUGCUGGGAGACAUCAAGUCAACCGACAAACUUGCGUCCUCCCAGGACGUUCACAUGUUCUCUUCUGUCACUGGUCAGUUGGUGGAUUCAGACGUGCUUGAAUCACCUCAGUACUGGGUCGACAACCUGGUGUCACCGGUGAACUUCACCAAGAGUUUGACUGCAGCCUGCUUCCAGGGUCUUCCAAAGGGUCAAAAAUCAGUCAGCAUGAACAACACAGCCGAGAACGUGUUCCUCAACGAGAUCGUGGAAGUUGGUCCCCAUGGCGCGUUGCAAAGCGCCAUUAAGCAGACAAUCAAAGCCUAUAACAAUGUAGCUUCAAUCGAAUAUCUACCAGUUCUGAACCGCAACUCUCCGGGUGUCAGCACAAUUCUCACGGCUGCCGGCUAUUUGAACAGCAGAGGGUACCCAGUUAAUAUUCGCCGCGCAAAUGAAACAUCUGCUUCCAUCCACCCACAAAUGCUCGUUACGCUUCCACCCUACCGCUUCGAUCACUCAAACAAGAUCUGGUGCGAAAGUCGGAUCACCAGAAACAUCCGCCUGAGGAAGCAUCCAAAACAUGACCUGUUUGGAGCGCCGGUCGCCGAUUGGAACGCUGAGGAACCACGGUGGCGUUAUAUCAUACGCCUUUCAGAGAAUCCUUGGUUAAGAGACCAUGUCGUGACGGGCAGCUACAUAUACCCCGGCGUCGGAUACAUAGUGAUGGCCAUUGAGGCCGCAAAGCAAAUUUCGGACCCGAAUUUACCGAUUUCUGGAUACCGGCUCAGGGACAUCGCCAUUAAAACGGUAUUAAACGUUCCUGUUACGAAAGACGGCGUCGAAGUGAUGAUAUCUAUGUCACGAAUGGACGAGUCGAGCACACAACGCUCAAAUGGAAUUUCGGCAUCAUUUCGAUAUGUAGAAGUUGAGCUUACCACCACGGCAAACAUCAUUGACAGUGGCCGCGAAGCUGAGGAGGAGUCUCGCACGUGGCGAGAAGCGCUGAAAGAGGCUUCCCAGACUUGCCGGUCUCCAUUGGAUAUGGUUCGGACAUAUGAAAAUUUGUGCGACGUCGGGCUCACAUUCGAGCCUCUAUUCAAGAACCUCUCCAAUGUGAAACUGGCACAAGGGAAAGGAGAAGCGACUGGAGUUGUCACUGUUCCAGAUGUUUUAAGCUCAAUGCCGAAGAAAUUCAUGCGUCCACACGUCAUUCACCUAUGCACCCUCGAUAGUGUGUUACAUUUAUUCCUUGCUUCCAUUCUUGACAGUAUUGGAGAAGAGAUGCUGUCAACAGCUAUGCUGCCAACAUUUAUGCGAGAGGUAUGGGUGUCCUCUUCUAGCAGCAGCAGCACCGGUCAUACAUUUCGGGGACAUGCCAGGUCCACUCCAGUCGCUGCUCAGAAGUAUGAAAGCGAUAUCAUCAUGAUCUGGGAUGGUGAAGUCGACGAAGGGAGAGUGUCGAUUAGGGGCCGGAAAGCCUCCCCAAUCUCGAACAAUGAGUCGACAGGUACACGAACCGCCAAGUUCUGCCAUACUGUAGAGUGGAAGCCCGAUGUCGACCUGUUGAAAUCUGAUCGGAUUCCAAACGUGGCUCUUUCGACGGAGAAAGAAAUCGAAGAUCGACGGCGAGAGGUUCAGGACCUUCAAUUAGCCUAUAUCCCUACCGAAUCGUACGAGGGGCAUUUCCAAAACUAUUACCAAUGGCUCCUGCAGCAAGCCAGGCUUCUCAAAUCGGACUCCAUAACCCACUUGCCAUUAUCCCGGUGGAUGCAAUACAAGGAUGAUAAGGAGUUCAAGGAGGAAUUCUACCGUCAGAUUGCAGGAAAGGGAGUGGAAGGUGCACUGUGCAUUCGCACGGGAUCGAACAUCGUUCGAGUCCUCAAGAAAGAAGUCGACCCUCUCUAUCUCAUGUUUGGUAUGGACGAUCUCCUCGAUAGGAUAUAUUCCGAGAUGGUUGGCACAGGGGACCUUCAUAACCUGACUAGGGCAUACAUCGACUUGAUUGGACAUAGUCGCACUGAUCUGAAUAUUUUGGAAAUUGGCGCUGGCACAGGGAGUUUGACCACAGCCUUUCUGGAAACCUUGAGUCCUCUGCCUUCCCAUGAACAAAGCUCUGGCAAAUCGUCAAGGAUUUCAAAAUAUAUCUAUACCGAUAUCUCUGCCUGGUUCUUUGAGAAAGCCAAGGAGAGGUACAAGAGCUGGAGGAACAUCCUGGAUUUUCAAACCCUAAACAUUGAGAUUGAUCCGCAGGAACAAGGAUUUGCCAAAGGAGAGUAUGACAUUGUUGUAGCAGGCAACGUCUUGCAUGCCACAGCAGACCUCCGAAAGACUUUGAAACAUGUCCGGUCUUUGCUCAAGCCUGGAGGCAGGCUGAUUCUCUAUGAGGGAAUUAGACAGGAUUUUCUUCCCACACCUCUCGCCUUCGGUCAGCUAGCAGGCUGGUGGCUGGGCGUAGAACCCAUUCGGAAAUGGAGCGCCUGGAUCAACGAAGAGGAGUGGGGAAGGAGUCAGGCUCAAGAUGACCUUGCAUCCUCACUUACGGACAAAUGGAUUGAAAAAUAUGGUCUUCAGAAUUGUCCGAUUGCCAAGUAUACAGACCUGAGCAAUAGGGAUCUCAGGAAUACUCACUGUGUCUCCUUGAUGGAGCUGGAGCGCUCUGUGCUCGCAGACCCGACUGAAGAAGAGUUCGCCAAUAUCAGACACCUUUUGUCCACUUGUGAUGGACUACUCUGGGUAACUGGAGACUUCACGUCGAACCCGGAGCUAAACAUGAUUGCAGGACUCAUUCGGGCAGUACGCUGGGAACGAGAUCUUGAGGGCCCUAAUUUGGUCACCUUGGCCAUUUCUGACCCACGCCCCUCGCAGGGGAUCAUGGUACAGGCUAUUCUCGACACUUUUGAUCAUCAAUAUGCAAAGUCAAAUACAGACAAGGACAACGGCGAAUACGUUUUUCAAGACGGUGUGUUUUUCACAAACCGUCUCGUCGAUGCCACCGAAAUGAACGACUACUUGACUGCCAAGGUAUCGAAGCCAACAGCCCAGAUGGUUCCUCUGGGCAAGGCCGAAGCUGAGCGACCUUUGAGACUCACAACAGCUCCAGGCAUGUUGAACAAACUCCAAUUUGAAACAGAUCCGGUCUGGUUUGAGCCUCUUGGUGAAUUGGACGUCGAAAUCAAGGUCAAAGCAGUUGGUCUGAAUUUCCGCGACAUCAUGAUGGCAAUGGGCGAGCAUAACGCCAUGACUUUCGGCAAUGAGGCUGCCGGCAUCGUGACUCGGGUUGGGCCUGCUGUAAAGAAAGUAAAGGUCGGUGAUCAUGUUGUCUACAUGGACGGAAUUGGGAGGACCGGAACCUUUCAGACAUACGGCAGAGUGAUCGAGGAUCUGGUAGCCAUCAUACCCAAAGACAUGGGCUUUGAGGUCGCUGCCUCGCUACCUUCUAUCUAUGUGACCGCGAUUUAUGGGCUCUAUCAUCUUGCCAGACUGAGCCAAGGUGAGACUGUCUUGAUUCACAGUGCAGCCGUUGGAGUGGGACAGGCCGCCAUAAUGCUAGCAAAUCUUGUUGGCGCAGAGAUCUUUGCAACAGUGUCCACUCCCGAGAAGGCCAAUCUCCUUAUGACCAAGUAUGGUGUCAAAAAGGAUCACAUAUUUUCAAGUCGAGACUUGUCAUUUGCCAAGGGAAUCAUGAGGAUGACAAAUGGCCGGGGGGUUGACGUCGUUUUGAACUCUCUUGCGGGAGAGUUCCUUAGUCGGACAUGGGAAUGUGUUGCACCUUUUGGCCGAUUUAUUGAAAUUGGAAAGAAAGACGCACAGAAUAAUGGAGAAGUUACACUGAACCCUUUUCUUCGAAAUGUUAUCAUGGGCAGUGUCGAGUUGCCGACGAUGGUGCGGUACCGGCCCAAGGAGAAUGUUGGCUUGAUUGAGGAAACUGUACGUCUGUACACUGAAGGAAAAAUCAAAGAGCCAACACCAACCAAAGUCCUCAAUUACUCGCAUCUAGAGGAGUCCUUCCGGGUGCUGCAAUCGGGAAAAGGCAUGGGAAAGACCGUACUUGUCCCGACGGAGGAUGCUAUCGUCCCAGUCGUUCCACGACCACCAGUUCAGAUGAAAUUCGAAGAAAAAGCCUCCUACGUUCUUGCAGGGGGUUUUGGGGGUAUCGGCCGCAGUAUCGCUCGAUGGAUGGCCUCACGAGGUGCGAAAAACUUAAUUUUCCUCUCACGUUCUGGUGCAGCAAGUAGUGCUGCUCAAGAGACGAUCCAAGAACUCGAGAGUCGGGGAGUUACUGUUCGUGUGUUUUCCUGUGAUGUCUCAGAUAAAGAUCGCCUUGUUGCUGUUCUGGAGGAGUGCAAAACCAGUCUUCCUCCUAUAAGAGGUUGUAUCCAGGGCUCAAUGGUUCUUGCCGACAAGAUCUUCGAGAACAUGAGCUAUGAGAAGUUUCGGGCGGCCACACGACCCAAGGUCCAAGGAUCUUGGAACCUCCACGCCUGUCUCCCAAGAGACAUGGAUUUCUUCAUUCUCCUAUCCUCCGCGACGGGCCUUGUGGGAAAUCGUGGACAAGCAAAUUAUGCAGCGGGAAACACAUAUCAGGACGCACUGGCGGCUCACCGUGUAUCUCUCGGUCUCCAUGCCACGUCUCUCGAUCUGGGCACGCUUCUUUCCAUUGGCUAUGUGGCCGAGAAUCGCCAGCUGCUGGGCCAUGUAAAAUACGUCGCGUCGUUGCUGGGCUCCGUCCGCGAAGAGGAGAUACACAGCGUGAUCGAAUACUGCGUCAAACCCACUGGACCAUCUAAGAGGCCCAUUCAGAUAGCUUCGUCUGUGACAACUGCGGCAGAAUACCGGGCCCGGGGCAUGCCCACGCCCUCGUGGCUACACAUGCCGCUGUUCACCCAACUGGCCUCGACAAGUUCCAGUGCCACAACCGGUCCCGGAGGCGAGGAGAGCGCCUCCGGACUGAAUAUUGCUUCUCUAUUGGAAUCAGCAACGUCUUUGGCGGACGCGGCUGCCGUUGUCGCGGACGCGAUUCGCACAAAGCUCUCGAAGCUGCUUAAUAUCUCAGUCGAAAACAUCGACCCCAGCAAAAGUGUCAGCAGCAACGGGGUUGAAAGCCUGGUAGCUGUAGAGUUCCGCACGUGGCUCGCGAAAGUCCUGGCAGCCGACAUACCCUUGCUGGACAUCUUGGGCACCAUGCCCAUCACGGAGUUAAGUGUCAAGGUCGUGUGUGAGAGUAGACUCGUUGCGGGGCACUUGAAGCCUGGAGAAGGAAAAACCCAGCUAGUGUCGCUGUCGGAGGGUAAUGGGAGUGAAGAGUACAUGUAG